AACAACUAUUUCUGGUGGUUUAAUUCAUUUUUUUAAAUAAUGAAGUCACAGCUUUCAUAUUUGGCUGCUUCCACACUCACUGUGUAUGAUCUUCACGUAGGCCGAUGAACAUUUCGCAACCUAAGUCUAAGAUAAUACAAGCUGAAAACCCUUAUAGCUAAUUUAUUUUUCAGCAAUCAAUAGGCUGGAGGUUAGGCUCGAGGAACAGGGCUGCAUGCCGUAUCUCAUGCCGUAUAACAUCUGGUGUCUACGCAUAAACAAUAGGGAUUUGGUUGAAAAAAGAGCAGAAUAUUAUAUCUGUGUUAUUUGUUUUUUUGGCCGGUUGCAGGAAGUCAGGAUGAGUUAAGAGGAACACGAAUGCUUGCCCUUGAAGCAAGAGGAAGCAGGAUUUUUUAGUAAACGUAAGCUAAUUAAAGCACACAGGUCAUACAGUAGCCACAGAACUAGAAUAAUACCUAUGGAAUCUUGGUGACCACUUCUCACCUCAACCACUACUACUCCACAUCCCUUUUCUUCUUUAGGUAGCUGCAAUUCAAGUUUUGAGAAUCCUGUGAGUAAUUGAGGAUUAGAUUAAUAUCCCGAGGUUUCAUGCUAUGGCUGUCGAGAACGGGAGAAGUCGUGAUAAGAGUAUGGAUAAGGCCAGCACAUCAAAAAGCGAGGAGGUAGAGGAGAAAAGUUCUGCCGGAAAUGGGGACCAACAGAAGCAAAAGAAGAGCGAAGGAGAUGAGGAAACUAAAACAGUUCCAUUUAUCAAGCUCUUUUCAUUUGCGGAUUCUAAAGAUAUCUUUCUGAUGAUCCUUGGGACGGUUGGCGCUAUUGGAAAUGGAGCAUCCUUGCCAAUUAUGUCAAUACUGUUCGGAGAUCUGAUCAAUUCUUUUGGAAAAAACCAGAAUAAUAAAGAUGUAGUGGAUUUGGUUUCAAAGGUGUCUCUCAAAUUUGUCUACUUGGGAGUUGGUUCUGCUGUAGGUUCAUUUCUCCAGGUGGCUUGCUGGAUGGUCACAGGAGAGAGACAGGCUGCACGGAUAAGGGGUACGUAUUUGAAAACUAUACUGAGACAAGAUGUUGCCUUUUUCGACAAGGAAACAAACUCUGGAGAGGUUGUUGGUAGAAUGUCUGGUGACACUGUUCUUAUACAAGAUGCUAUGGGUGAAAAGGUCGGGAAAUUUAUACAGCUAGUAUCAACAUUCAUUGGAGGCUUUAUAAUAUCAUUUAUCAAAGGCUGGCUUCUUACUCUUGUCAUGUUAUCCUCCAUUCCCCUGCUUGUGAUAGCUGGUGCAGGAUUGUCCAUCAUGAUAGCUAGGAUGGCAUCUCGUGGCCAAACUGCUUACACUAAGGCAGCGUCUGUAGUAGAACAGACUAUUGGCUCAAUCAGAACUGUUGCAUCAUUCACUGGGGAGAAGCAAGCCAUAAGUAAUUACAAGAAAUUUCUUGUCACUGCUUAUAACUCUGGUGUUCAAGAAGGCUUGGCUGCUGGAGUAGGUCUUGGCAUUGUUAUGUUAGUAGUGUUCUGUAGCUAUGCUUUGGCAGUAUGGUUUGGUGGAAGGAUGAUUUUGGAAAAAGGAUAUACCGGGGGUGUUGUGAUUAAUGUGAUUGUUGCUGUGUUGACCGGUUCCAUGUCUCUAGGGCAGGCAUCUCCUUGUAUGAGUGCAUUUGCAUCUGGUCAAGCUGCAGCUUAUAAGAUGUUUGAGGCUAUCCAUAGAAAGCCAGAUAUAGAUGCCUCCGAUACAAGGGGAAAGAUAUUGGAUGACAUCAGAGGAGAUAUAGAGUUGAGGAAUGUAUAUUUCAAUUAUCCAGCUAGACCCGAUGAGCAAAUAUUUUCUGGAUUCUCUCUUUUCAUCCCAAGUGGAUCAACUGCAGCCUUGGUUGGACAAAGUGGAAGCGGAAAGUCAACGGUGAUCAGUCUGAUAGAGAGAUUCUAUGAUCCACAAGCUGGUGAAGUUCUCAUAGAUGGCAUUAACCUCAAAGAGUUUCAGCUCAAAUGGAUUCGGGAGAAAAUUGGUCUUGUCAGCCAGGAACCUGUGCUGUUCACGUCCAGCAUUAAGGAUAACAUUGCAUAUGGAAAGGAUAUGGCAACUACCGAAGAGAUAAGAGCUGCAGCUGAACUUGCCAAUGCUGCUAAAUUCAUCGAUAAACUACCUCAGGGAAUAGACACCAUGGUUGGUGAACAUGGAACUCAGCUGUCUGGUGGACAGAAACAGAGAAUUGCAAUUGCAAGAGCCAUCCUGAAAGAUCCGCGAAUUUUACUUUUGGAUGAAGCUACAAGCGCUCUUGAUGCAGAAUCUGAAAGGAUAGUGCAGGAGGCAUUAGACAGGAUUAUGGUGAAUCGAACAACUGUAAUUGUUGCCCACCGUUUGAGCACUGUGAGAAACGCAGAUAUGAUUGCUGUUAUUUACCGUGGGAAGAUGGUGGAGAAAGGUUCACAUUCAGAACUGCUCAAGGAUCCUGAAGGAGCUUACUCGCAGCUUAUACGCUUACAAGAAGUGAACAAAGAGUCGGAACAAGAAGCAGAUGACCAAAAGAAGUCAGAUAUUUCGACCGAGUCCUUAAGACAUUCAAGUCAAAAAAUUUCACUGAAACGGUCCAUAAGUCGGGGAUCAUCUGAUUUUGGAAAUAGCAGUCGCCGCUCGUUUUCAGUGACAUUUGGUUUACCUACUGGAUUCAAUGCCCCUGAUAAUUACACGGAAGAAUUAGAAGCUUCUCCACAGAAACAACAAGCUCCAGAUGUCCCAAUCAGCCGCCUUGUUUAUCUCAACAAGCCGGAGGUUCCAGUGCUGAUUGCUGGAGCUAUAGCUGCAAUUCUCAAUGGGGUCAUAUUUCCGAUAUUUGGUAUACUAAUUUCCAGGGUGAUUAAAACAUUUUUUGAACCACCUCAUGAAUUGAGAAAGGAUUCGAAGUUCUGGGCGUUGAUGUUCAUGACCCUUGGCCUGGCAUCUUUUGUUGUGUAUCCGUCACAAACAUACUUAUUUUCGGUGGCUGGUUGCAAAUUAAUCCAAAGGAUCCGAUCUAUGUGUUUUGAGAAGAUGGUUCACAUGGAGGUUGGUUGGUUUGACGAGCCUGAGCACUCAAGUGGAGCAAUUGGUGCUAGGCUCUCAGCAGAUGCUGCAACAGUGCGUGGUCUGGUUGGAGAUUCUCUUUCCCAGUUGGUUCAGAACAUAGCAUCAGCGGUAGCGGGUUUGGUCAUUGCCUUUGUUGCAUGUUGGCAAUUGGCAUUUGUAAUCCUUGUACUACUUCCUCUAAUAGGACUCAAUGGAUUUAUUCAAAUGAAGUUCUUGAAAGGAUUCAGUUCAGAUGCAAAGAAAAUGUAUGAGGAAGCAAGCCAAGUUGCCAAUGACGCUGUUGGCAGCAUAAGAACUGUUGCCUCUUUCUGUGCUGAAGAGAAGGUGAUGCAACUAUACAGAAAGAAAUGUGAAGGUCCUCUGAGGACAGGAAUAAGGCAAGGGCUGAUAAGUGGAGCAGGAUUUGGAGUUUCUUUCUUCUUACUUUUUUCUGUCUACGCAACUAGUUUCUAUGUGGGAGCACAACUUGUCCAGCAUGGGAAAACAACUUUUGCAGAUGUUUUUCAAGUUUUCUUUGCUUUAACCAUGGCAGCGAUUGGGAUUUCUCAAUCAAGCUCCUUUGCCCCUGAUUCCUCAAAAGCCAAGGCUGCAGCUGCUUCCAUAUUCUCCAUUAUAGACCGAAAGUCGAAGAUUGAUUCAAGUGAUGAGUCGGGAACAACAUUAGACAAUGUGAAGGGAGAAAUUGAACUUCGUCACAUAGGCUUUAAGUAUCCAGCUAGGCCAGACAUUGAAAUUUUCCGAGACCUCAGCUUAGCUAUUCAUUCUGGCAAGACUGUUGCCCUUGUUGGAGAAAGCGGAAGUGGGAAAUCAACUGUGAUCUCGUUAUUGCAAAGGUUCUAUGAUCCCGAUUCAGGCCAUAUAACUCUUGAUGGAAUUGACAUUAAAAGUCUUCAACUUAAGUGGUUGAGGCAGCAAAUGGGGCUUGUGAGCCAAGAACCAGUUCUCUUCAAUGAAACAAUCCGCGCCAACAUUGCAUAUGGAAAGGAAGGCGAUGCAACGGAAGCGGAAAUUCAAGCUGCGUCGGAGCUAGCCAAUGCACACAAGUUCAUCAGUAGUUUGCAACAGGGGUACGAUACCAUUGUAGGGGAGAGAGGAAUCCAAUUAUCCGGUGGACAGAAACAAAGGGUGGCCAUUGCUCGUGCCAUAGUCAAAAGUCCCAAAAUACUUCUGCUGGAUGAGGCUACCAGUGCACUGGAUGCCGAAUCUGAAAGAGUGGUUCAAGAUGCCCUGGACCGAGUAAUGGUGAAUAGGACUACGGUCGUCGUCGCCCACCGAUUAUCUACAAUCAAGAACGCAGAUGUUAUUGCCGUGGUGAAAAAUGGAGUUAUCGUAGAGAAAGGCAAGCAUGAGACUCUGAUUCAUAUCAAAGAUGGUUUUUAUGCCUCCUUAGUGGCUCUUCACAUGAGUGCCUCAACUUCUUGAGUCACCACCUGCAAUAUUUCUGCCACCCCAUUUGUAGAAGUAUCAAAAAAAUAUCUCAGCAUCAGGUUGGCAUCAGAAAAAUAUCUCAUCAUCGCGGUAUGAUUUAUUUUUUUUAAAGUAUAAUUAAAUAAAAAAUAAUUAAAAGAAACUAAGUUAAUAAACUUUGUGGAGUCAAUGACCUGGUUUACAAGUUUGACAAGGUAACUGUGAUUUUCCCAGUUUACAGGUUUUGGAGGGUAUUUUUUUUUUAAUUGGACUUGAUUAUGUAAUUGUUUAUUUUUUUUUAUCAUAUAGUUAAAAAAAUAGUUUAGAAAAAAAACAUGUUAUCAAAUUUUAGAAAGUCCAUGAACCUUUUGACAUGGGUAUGUUGAGUUUAAUUUUUUUUUUAUAUAAUUUUAUUUUUUUGA